CCCCCCCUCCAUCCAGUCCUGCUCUUCUUCCCCCAAAUCUUGUUUCAACCCAGCUUCCCGCACCGCAAACUCCCUUCUCUCAUCGCGCCGUCUCGUGUCCAAUCUCUCUCCGUGCAAUUCAACAGCUCCCAUACCUACCCACUGCGAUCGAUCUCGUUACCCGAUCAAAUCGCAAAGCGAGUCCAUCCCUCACCUCCUUCACCAUGAUCACCGACGAGGAGCUCCACCGUUUGGCCGUCUUCCUCGGCUCCUGCGCCAUGAUGAUGAUCGUCCUCUACCACUUCCUCGAGGUGAACGCCAAAGAAGACGGGGAGGAUCUCAAGGACACGAACAAGCAAUCCACGGGCGCGUCGGCCGGUUCGACUCCCGCUGCGGUCACGGCGGGGACGUCCUCUGCUACGGGAGGGGGGAAAGACCGGUAACUUUGUGAUUUCCCGUGGUGGACGUUGAUCAGUUUUCUUGUUGUACUAUGUAUGUCUAUUGUUCCUAAGCGCUCGGGGAAAGAUAGGAGGGAGACCACAGAAAAGAAAAGAGGCGAAGAAUGGAUACCCGGGUGGUCGCCGUCAAUAUAUUAUCUUUUGAAAGAAUGCUUUGAUUGUAUGGUACAUGAUGGACAGUUCCAUUUCCUCUCCAUGCUAUUGAUUUACAAGGUGCAUCUGAAAACCUGCUGGCCCGGGAUAGAAAGAGGGACCCGUGAAAACACUCGCUGAACACCAAUUCCGGCCACCGUCGCCCU